AUGAAGGCGAACCAGCAGCGCAAGCCGCCAGGCAGCAGCGGCGCCGCGUUGCCGCAGAAGCGCUUCUACCGCGCUCGAGCGCACAGCAACCCCCUCAGCGACAAUCUCUUUCCAGUCCCCGUGUGCCCCGCGGAGGUGGACUGGUCUGCGCACUUCCCCGUGUUCUUCCCCCCCACUCCUGCCGCAGCGCACCCACCUGCUGCUGCUGAGGGCGCAGCCAGUGAUGCGGCUGGUGGCGCUGCUGCUGGUGGCUGUGCUGCUGCUGCAGCUGAGGGGGAGGGAGGUGCUUCAGCAGCACGAGAUGGAGCGGCACAGCAGCAUGCCACAGCCGCUGCACCGACCAGCAGCACGGGGCAACCAAUGGUCCGCUUUGCUGAUGUCGGGUGUGGCUUUGGCGGCCUGCUAGUUAAGCUGUCUCCCAUGUUUCCCAAUACACUCAUGGUUGGCUUCGAGCUACGUGACAAAGUGAGCGAGUAUGUGAAGGACCGCAUUCUUGCUCUCCGGCAGCAACACCCCUCCCAGUACACCAACAUCUCCUUGAUCCGCACCAACGCCAUGAAGUACCUUCCCAACUACUUUAACAAGGCCCAGCUGACCAAGAUGUUCUUCCUCUUCCCCGACCCGCACUUCAAGGAGAAGAACCACCGUCGCAGAAUCAUCACGACUGCUCUGUUGGCGGAGUAUGCCUAUGUGCUGGCUCCAGGAGGCAUCCUGUACAGCAUCACGGACGUGGAGGAGCUGGGUGUGUGGAUGGACGGCCACCUGGCUGCACACCCACUCUUCCGCAAGCUCACUCCCGCCCAGACGGAGGCGGAUCCGGUCAUUCCGCUGCUCUCCACGUCGUCAGAAGAAGGCCUCAAGGAACUGCAAUCCCCUCACCCCAUGCCCCUCACCCCAUGCCCCUCACCCCAUGUCCCUCACCCCAUGUCCCUCACCCCAUGUCCCUCACCCCAUGCCCCUCACCCCAUGCCCCUCACCCCAUGCCCUUCACCCCAUGCCCCUCACCCCAUGCGCCUCACCCCAUGCGCCUCGCCUAUGUCCCUCACCCCAUGCGCCUCACCCCAUGCGCCUCGCCCUAUGUCCCUCACCCCAUGCCCCUCACCCCAUGCCCCUCACCCCAUGCCCCUCACCCCAUGCCCCUCACCCCAUGCGCCUCGCCCUAUGUCCCUCACCCCAUGCGCCUCACCCCAUGCGCCUCACCCCAUGCGCCUCACCCCAUGCCCCUCACCCCAUGCGCCUCGCCCUAUGUCCCUCACCCCAUGCCCCUCACCCCAUGCGCCUCGCCCUAUGUCCCUCACCCCAUGCGCCUCACCCCAUGCGCCUCGCCCUAUGUCCCUCACCGCGAGCCUCUCACCUGUCACCCUCGUGUGCACUUCCAUUGCCCCUGCUGGUCACGGUGGCCCGCCACACUCCCUGCAGGUGCAAAGAAACGGUGGGCGCACGUUUCUGGCGGUGUACGAGCGGGUUGCUGCGCCUGCAAGCAACAACACAUGA